CCUAAUUGUAAUAAAUCGUGCAUUUUAAAUCCAUUACUUUCAGUCAUGUUUUAGCGUGCAUCCCACGUGAAGGCUAUCUCAAGGAAUCGCUGGCUCGCUGUCGUCCAUGACGAAGAAUGUUAAAAUGUGUUAGGCAGACCAAAUCUUUCUCAUCUGUCCGACAACAUACUCAAGGGCUAAAAUUUAGGACGUGAAGAGCAGCACCGCGCGAGGGAACUGACAGGCUUGAUGACAUCAUGUCCAGAUAUCACUCCCCUUCUUUCCAGACAUUGUCCUUCCUCCACCUCUUCCUCUUCACCCUCUUCCCAAUCUCCCUUCUUUCUCCUCUCCUUUCUCAGUCUCCUCUCAGCUGGACCUCUCCUCAUGACCCCUGCUACCAUUUGGAUGGCCGUCCACGCCACUGUCUGUCUGAAUUCAUCAAUACUGCCUACGGGGUGCCUGUGACCAUGGAAGACCUCCAGCAAGGACCCAAGAUGAAUAUCAGCACCUUAACAGACCUUCAUAACCCCCACAAUCUUACAUGCUGGACAGCUGCCAAAGGCUUGAGUGGUGGGGAUUGGACUUUCACAGUUCCCCUGGGAAGACGCUUUGAAAUCACUUACAUUAGUCUUCAGUUUUGUCAACAGGUGGAGGCAGUGGAGUCUUUCUCCAUCUCCAUCUUGAAGUCAAUGGACUUUGGCCGGAGCUGGCGGCCCCUACAGUUUUAUUCCAGUGACUGCAUGGGAACAUUCGGCCUUCCAGCCCAGUCUAUUGCUCUGACAAGGCAUCAAGAGACAGAGCCGCUGUGUUCAGAUCCCAGUCCUUUGCAGAAGCACCGUGGAAGUGUUGUGCUAGCUUUUUCAACUUUGGAUGGACGUCCUUCCUCACCAGAUUUUGACUACAGUCCAGGGCUUCAAGACUGGGUUACUGCUACGGACAUAAAGAUAGUGUUUCACCAAUCAAUGGAUAAAAUGAAAAAGCAAGAAGAGAAACUGAAUGAGAUGGGACGUGCCAUAAGAUGGAGGGUAGGGGGAGAAAGGGGGGACACAGUUCUUAGGUUUGGGGAGACAGACACAAGAACUAAAACAUCUGAAAUUUGGCGAAGUACUCAAGAAAAAAAGAAAGAGAAAAUCACUCUGAGAAAUCGGAAUAAAAACACUGUGCAGCAAAGUAGUCACAAUGUUACCCGAAAGGAGAUGGGAUCUCAAGAUAGAGAGGGAAGAGGUAGAGGAAGGAGCCACAAGAAGGAAAGUUGGAAGCCGUGCCAGGGUGGCACAUGUGAUUGGUCGGUAAAUAUCCAGAAGUCGGGCUCUAAAGGGCAAGAGUUGAGGAGAAGAAGAAACAAUGGAGGGGGGGAGAGGUCUCAUUCUAAAUCAAGAAAAAAGGCCCCACAUCACUUCACCCCUUCUGCCCUUUACACUCCAUCAAAACCCCCUCUCGCCCUUUCCGACCUGCAGGUCGGAGGCAGGUGCAAGUGCAAUGGCCAUGCCUCCCGCUGUCGUCGUGAUAACCAGGGACGGGCAGUGUGUCAGUGUGAGCAUCACACAUCUGGACCGGACUGUGAUGUGUGUGCGAAAUUUUUUUAUGAUCGCCCAUGGCAACGGGCUACACCCAGCCAACCACACCCGUGCGUCCCAUGUGAAUGUAAUGGUCACUCUACUAAGUGUAGAUUCAGUAUGGCUGUGUAUCAACAGUCUGGCCGAGUCAGUGGAGGCAUUUGUUUGAAGUGCCGGCACCACACCAUGGGACGCCACUGCCAGUUCUGCCAAAGCGGAUACACACGUGACCAAAGCAAACCACUCAGCCACCGCAAGGCAUGCCAACCUUGCCAGUGCCAUCCCAUGGGUUCAGUGGGCCAUUGGUGCAACCAGUCCACAGGGCAGUGUUUGUGUAGAGAAGGGGUCAUAGGGCAGAGGUGUAACCGUUGUGCCCCUGGGUACAAACAAGGCCAGUCUUCCCUCCGACCAUGCAUCCGUAUUCAGGAGGUUGCACCACCCACCCCAGUUUAUCAGCCCCAGUACAGCAUUGGUGAAGAGUGUAUUUCUUACUGUCCAUCCUCCCAAGCUAAAGUCAGAAUGAAUUUAGAGACAUACUGUCUAAAGGACUAUGGUACGUCCUUAACACUACAGACAGUACUGAAAGUGCAGGUGAGAGAUAAGGAACAUUCAGGUCCCUGGUGGCAGUUUUCUGUGCUGGUCCAGUCAGUUUUUCGCAUGGGUUCUUCGCACGUAAAGCGAGGCCUUCAGGCAUUAUGGGUUCCGGACCGGGACCUGAGUUGUGGCUGCCCUGCACUUCAGGUGGGUCGAACCUUUCUCCUGAUUGGUGCGCAGGAAAGCGGGCGGAGCUGGGUCCCUGAGGAGCAGCGAUUAGUUGCAGAUCGCACUACGAUGGCCCUGCUAUGGAGGGAACACUGGAGCCCAAAAUUAAGAGGCUUCCGUGGGCAGGACACCAGGGGAAAGUGCCUACAGGGAAACAACACUGCACAGAAGCACUCUCACUCAAACUCAAAUGAGGAAUACACACCCCCACAUCUUGAGAAACUGCAGUCUGAGCUGCAUGCACCACAUAAACAUACACAUACGAAACAUAAACAACAUCCGUCAACUGUGCAAUCCAGAGGAUCAGACCUCGCACACACACACAAAAGAGGAGAGACUCACAUGGACUUGCAUGGAAAAGGCAUACACAGAGAAAGACAUCUUGAACAAGAGGAGGACCGUAAGGCUGAAAAUAGCAGUUUCAGUGGCAGAUUCCAUCCAUCUGCCUCCCCUCAGGAUACACAGAAUUUUUUGCAGGACAUCCAGGGUACUUUCUCAAGCACUUCAAAGACAGGUCAUGCAUAUGAGCAUGAGCAGUACCACCCAACAUUGUGUCCAACAUGGUCACCCCGGCCUCUUGUCUGACAAAAUGAGAGGUUAUGAAAAUGGGAGGGAAAAGGAAAGUGAAGAAAUUCUGCAGGUGGGUUUUGGCUCAAACAAAUGCAGACAGUGAGGGAUAUUGCAGUUGUCAGCCGUCUAGUCCUGUUCUAUAUAGACUGUCUCCUACUCUGAGCCACUGAAUCCACAGGCUUUGUUGUAAAUAUCAGUUUUUAGUGUAAACUGUAGACUCAAAUUUAGACUGUUAAAACUGUUAGUUCACGUUUUAUUCACUCAUUAUGCUAUUAUUAACAUCAUCUUGUUCAGUCUACAUUGUUGUGCUGCAUGGCCGUUCAAAUUCACAGUUGAUUCUAUGUUUGACAGCCAAACACGACAGACUGUUUUUGUUAGUCUGCAAGAGAUGCAUUGUUUUUUAGUCAGCAGUAGACAGAUUGCUCUGGACCGAUCACUGACAAACACAUUGAGUGUGGGUAAACAAUGUAGUAAGACUGCAUAAUAUUCCUACAAUAACUAAAGCAAUCUUUUAUGUGUUUAUACAUUUUUGGGUGCUACAGUGUCAAAUUUAAAAAUCACAAUGCACACUAUAGCAAUGAAUUCAGACUGUAUACAGUUGACAUAUAAUAUGGUGCCUUUUUAAGUCUUAUUGUAAUAAAAUUAAAGCUAUCAUUCAAAAUGUUAGUGUUAAAAGCAUUUGUGUUUCAAAAUGUGAGAGAACCUCUACGUUUUAAUUCUGAUUUAUGUAACACUCUACCUCAUA